GACAAUUCUAGAAUAUUCUUCUAUAGUUGUAUGUUGUAUUCUGGUCGUUUAGAAUUCUGAUUCAUUUCAAUUUGGAUUUUGAAUCGUUCAAACUUGCGACGUUUCCUCGUGUGCAGAAUUAUUGAAGAGUAUAUACCAAAUUAUAUAUUACUUAUAGUUUUUUAUUCAUAAUUCAUUAUUACUUUCAUUUUUAAAUCGUAUCAACCGAAUAAACUGCCCUUUAAAUAAUGGCGCUGGAUUUGAAAGAUAAAGGUAAUGCUGCUUUGGCAGCCGGAAACUAUGAUCAAGCUAUUGAACAUUAUACUCAAGCUAUUGCGUUAGACCCCAAAAACCAUGUACUUUAUAGUAAUAGAUCGGCUGCGUAUGCAAAGCAAGGCAAAUACCAAAACGCGUUGGAAGAUGCUGAAAAGACUCUGUCCAUUAAGCCAGAUUGGCCUAAAGGAUAUUCGAGAAAAGGAACAGCUUUAUCAUUUUUGGGGCGUAAAAAUGACGCUGUCAAAGCUUAUGAAGAUGGUUUAAAGUUUGACCCUAGUAAUCAGCAGUUGCUUGAUGGCUUAAGAGAAGUGAAACAAACUCAACCUUCUUUUGGAGGCAAUAACAUGUUUCCAGCAGAAGCUUUUUUAAAACUUGCACAGGAUCCCAGAACUAAAGAUUUGCUUAAUGAUCAAGAGUUCAUGAGUCUACUAAUGGAAUGCCAGAAAGACCCUCAAAAGUUAAUUAUGAAUAUGCAAGAUCCUAGAAUAUCAGCUGCAUUAAGUGUAAUGAUGGGUAUUAAUUUAAUGGGAGAUGAUGAAAAAAUGGAUACUGAACCGUCACCUCCACCUCCAAAACAAAAAAGGGAACCAACACCACCACCUCCUGAAAAAGCUGAAGAUGAAAGUUUAACAGAAGAACAAAAAGAGGCUAAAAAAGAAAAAGACUUAGGUAAUGAAGAAUACAAAAAGAAAAAUUUUGAAGCAGCUCUUGCACAUUACAAUAAAGCUAUUGAGUUAGAACCAACAAAUAUGACAUUUUACAACAAUGUUGCUGCUGUUUAUUUUGAACAAAAGGAAUAUAAAAAAUGCAUUGAGCAGUGUGAAAAAGCGGUUGAAGUAGGUAGAGAAAAUAGAGCAGAUUUCAAAUUAAUUGCCAAAGCUUUCUCUAGAAUUGGAAAUGCUUAUAAAAAACUUGAGGACUAUAGAAGUGCAAAAACAUAUUUCCAAAAAUCAAUGUCAGAACAUAGAACUCCAGAAGUAAAGACUAUUAUUUCUGAACUAGAGAAAAAAAUUAAAGAAGAAGAUCGCAAAGCAUAUAUAGACCCAGUUAAAGCUGAAGAAGCCAAAGAAAAAGGAAAUGAAUAUUUCAAUAAAGGUCAAUUUGCCGAUGCUGUCAAAUCUUAUAGUGAAGCAAUUCUGCGUAAUCCUGAUGAACCUAAAUAUUAUAGUAAUCGAGCUGCUUGUUAUACUAAAUUGGCCGCUUUUGAUCUUGGUUUAAAAGACUGUGAAAAAUGUGUUGAAUUAGACCCAAAAUUUUUAAAAGGAUGGAUUAGGAAAGGUAAAAUUUUACAAGGUAUGCAACAAUCUUCUAAAGCUUUAUCAGCAUAUCAAAAAGCACUGGAAAUAGAUUCAUCUAAUGCUGAAGCCUUGGAAGGUUACCGAUCAUGUUCUAUAGCAGCAAAUUCAGAUCCCGAAGAAAUGCGCAAGCGUGCUAUGGCUGAUCCUGAAGUUCAAGAUAUUAUUAGAGAUCCUGCAAUGCGUCUUAUACUUGAACAAAUGCAGAAUGACCCUAAAGCUUUAAGCGAUCAUUUGAAAAAUCCAGAAAUUGCUAGCAAGAUCCAAAAAUUGAUAGAGUCUGGAUUGAUCGCCAUUCGUUGAAUUUAAGAAUGUUUGUUCAUCUUACACUACUUUAAAUGCUUUUUUUAUAUAUUUAUAUUAUAUUUUUGAAGUUUCUUUCCAAUAAUAUAAUAUGCAGUUAGGGAUG